AGCGCGAGAGCCGCAUAAUUGGAACAUGGCGGCAGCCUAGUGGACGUGUUUCAGCAGUAGCAAGCAUCACCAUCCUCGCGUUCGCUCUCUGUGGCUUCUAGCACGCUACGAUUCCGCUAUCUUGGCAAGGCGUGGCUGUUUUAAUUCGCCCCCCCCUCCGCUCCUCAUUAUUAAUACAUUUUUUUGGUUUGUAUUUUGGCAAAGAGUCUGUUGCUGCUGCGGUGGUCGUCUCCGUGAGGGGAGCCGUCUCGUCGUUGCUGUGUUUGGGCGGGAGUUUUUGGCGCGGCUUAACCAAACCCUCGCCACCGACCACGUUGCUUCGGGAUCUCAUGAUCCUUGCAGCCGCCAUCUCGCCCACGCUGCAACAAUGGAGCUUGCGAUGCUCAUGAUCACCAACAUGCACUUUUCCUUGUGUGAGCUGAUAUCCAGAAGAUAGCAAUUGUUUCACCUGGUUCCUAGUUCCCAGGUUAUACCAUCUCAGCAUAAAUAUCAGUCUUAAGUUUACAAGCCAUAUCAUUUGUUUGGCAUAAAUUAAUUUGCAUUAUAAUAUUUAUAUAAAAACGCAUAGCACAAGCAUUUUAAUUGUAAAAAGGAAAUAAAAUAUUUUUGUACUUAGGUUUGUUAACAGCUUAGGCUAUAGGCUAUUAUUCAGUGGCCAAAGUUUGGAGUAACGUUAAGGGGUUUGGAGGUCAUAUGUUUAAUGUUAUUUAAUUUAAUAUAUAAAUUGCAACUUGCGUAACUUGGGAUAAUUUGCAAAACGCGUAACCUAUAAUCAGCACUAAUUGGUCGCAUAAAUAAUUUUUCCUUCCCGAAGCCAAAGUAAUUUGAAGCAGUGAGCCGCAUUUAUUUUUAGACAAAGGGUUUGUUUUAAAACGCUGCGUUGAGAUUCAGUCGCACGUCACUGCUGGGUGAGGGGGAGGCACUCGGAGGGGUUAAAAGGGGGGAAAGAAAGAGUUCAGUCCAGGGUAUUGUAAACAUCAAAUUGCACGGGGGGUAAUUUUAUCAUACUCCCCAAGUCACGACACCUGAAAUAAAUUGGCCCGAUGGAGACUUUUACGACGGCAGUCACGGCGGCGGUCUCGAUUGUUGCGGAGGCGAGCACGAGCCUCGAGGAGUACAAAUGGAUGCUCAUUGUGGGCUUCAUCAUCGCCUUCGUCCUCGCCUUCUCGGUGGGGGCCAACGACGUGGCGAACUCGUUCGGCACGGCUGUGGGCUCGGGCGUGCUCACGCUGCGUCAGGCGUGCAUCCUGGCGUCCGUGUUCGAGACGGUGGGCUCGGUGCUGCUCGGCGCCAAGGUGGGGCAGACCAUCCGCAACGGCAUCGUCGACGUGAACCUUUACAACGGUUCCGAGUCCACGCUGAUGGCGGGCCAGGUCAGCGCCAUGGUUGGUUCGGCCGCCUGGCAGCUGAUCGCAUCCUUUCUGAAGCUGCCCAUCUCUGGCACGCACUGCAUUGUGGGUGCCACCAUUGGAUUCACGAUGGUGUCCAUGGGUGCGGGGAGCGUGCAGUGGACGAAACUUAUCAGCAUCGUGGCCUCAUGGUUUGUAUCCCCUCUGCUUUCUGGCAUCAUGUCGGCCAUCUUCUUCUUCAUGGUGCGGUUCUUCAUUCUCAACAAGGAUGACCCGGUUCCCAAUGGUUUGCGUGCUUUGCCCUUGUUUUACGGAGUGGUCAUGUGGGUCAACUGCUUUUCCAUCAUGCUGACUGGCCUGCCUCUUCUGGGCUUCGAGCUGCCUAUCUGGGCGCUGGUUCUGGUCUCGCUGACCUUCGCCGUUGCCUGUGGCCUCGUCGUCUGGUUCAUUGUCUGCCCCCGCAUGCGGCGGAAGAUCGAGAAGCACUUGAAGACGAGCUGUGGGCCAGCGCCGGGUACGGACGAGGGCGUGGAGCUGGGCUUGUUUUCCAACGGUAAUAACGUCUCCGUGGAGGUGAAGCCGAAGUCUGCGGGCGAACCUGGUGCCAAGACUGCCUUCCGCUUGGGCGACGACGACUCGGAGGAUGGCGAGCUGGACGUGGCACCGGCGGAGGCGAACGGGAUCGCGGGCAAGACGCUGGGGUUUGCGGAAGACGAGCUGUCUGGGAAUAAGCCGCGCAACGGAUUUGCCCACCGCGAUCGGAGCAUGAGCAACAGCUGCGCCAACGGCAAGCCGAGUUACUCGGAGCUGAUGGCAAACGGAGUGGCAAGCUUAGCAGACGGACACUACCACACAGUGCACAAGGACUCUGGCCUCUACAAAGACUUAUUGCACAAGAUGCACUUGGACCGUGUUCUGGAGUCUGGUCCACCCGAGCCACCGGUGUACAAACCCAUCCGGCGCAACAACAGCUACACGUCGUACACGGCCGCCAUCUAUGGGCUGCCACUGGACGGCUCUAAGCACGCGGAGGUGGGGUCGUCGCGAGGUCACCUGGGCGAGGACGGGGCGCCGUCCAGCCGCAAGGCGUGCGUGCGUUACGACAGCUAUUCCAGCUACUGCAACGCUUUGGCCGAUGACAGCGUCAUCCAGCCCAUCCCAGAGAAAGAGGGCGCAACCGGCAACGGCACUGCGGUCGUCCCUAACAAUAGCAAUGGGGUAGUCGCCGUGGCAACAAAAACGGGCAGCGGCUCUACAUCGUCGACAGUAACAGAGGGAUCUCUGGACGGGGAGGACAAGGACCGGCCCGAGGUGUACAUGCUCUUCCACUUCCUGCAGAUCCUCACCGCCUGCUUCGGCUCAUUUGCGCACGGAGGCAAUGACGUCAGCAAUGCCAUUGGUCCCCUGGUCGCCCUGUGGAUCAUCUACUCAACUGGCAGCGUGAACCAGGAAGCAGCAACACCUGCGUGGCUGCUGCUCUUCGGCGGCGUGGGCAUCUGCCUCGGUCUGUGGGUGUGGGGCCGCAGAGUCAUCCAGACGAUGGGCAAGGACCUGACGCCCAUCACUCCCUCGAGUGGUUUCAGUAUAGAGCUAGCUUCUGCGAUGACGGUGGUGAUCGCUUCGAACAUCGGUCUGCCCAUCAGCACGACGCACUGCAAGGUUGGCUCGGUGGUGUCUGUCGGUUGGCUACGCUCACGCAAGGCUGUCGACUGGCGCCUUUUCCGCAACAUCUUCAUGGCUUGGUUUGUCACAGUUCCCAUCUCGGGGCUGUUCAGCGCCGGCGUCAUGGCGCUCUUUGUGUAUGGAAUCCUGCCCUUCGUCUAGCCGGAGCGGCGGCACGGUGCCACUCAACCACCGCCAGUCUACGCCUCGCCAACGCCCUCAAUUUGACCGUGAAAUCAAAUCGCAAAAAAACAUAAUCGCCAUCACCUAGCCGCUAAAGCAACGGUUGUGCGGGUGUGGUCGAUUUUUAAAAGUGACGCGCGUGCAUUUUAAAGGAACAUGUCCUUUUGUUUGGAACAAAGAUGACAGAAAAGACGCAGGCAUUUCAGUUAAACACUAAAGGAUCCAUACUAGUGUCGCUUAACAUAAAGGAAGCGUGAAACUGCGCUCCGAAAGCACAACGCCUGUACCCCCCUCUGCCUGUCAAACCUGGACCAGUGUAAAACCGUGCGCAGUGUUGUCAAGUUGGCUUGUAAAUUACCGGAGUGAUCCGCCCUGCCUGUGCACGUGCCCAGCGUCGUUGUGUGCGCAGAUAAGUGUCUUUUGCUGUGCAAAUUUGUACAUCUUUGCAGCCGUGUCGGGCUUUAAUGUUCCACGUGAUGGCGUCUUAGCAGAGGAAGCACUUAGCCUUGACAUAGUUUGCAUUUUUAACAACUGCUUGCGUGUCUUGACAGCAACCAUCGUGCGUUUUGCCUUUUUAGUUUGGCAAAACCGACAAGUGUUACAAAUAUUAAGACGAGGAAAAAAGUCACCAUUAUCGCAUGGCAAAUAUAUUUGCAGGUAGGGGGUGGGGUAACGUGACCCGUGUUAGAUUGCCAUCAAGUCUCACUACGCAACUGCGGCACAGGCUUGGGUUUGUGUUCUUGUUCAAACUUCGCUCCUAAGCCUGUGGGGUUUUUUUUAUUUCUCGGUUUGAUAACUAAAAAUAAGCCUCUUACCCACUUGUAAUAGAUGUAUUUCUCUAUAGCUAGCCCCCCCCCACUACCCCUGCCGACCUUGCCCAUUCCCUGCAUAAUCAGUGUUUUGUUUCAAAUGAGUCACAAGAUCAGUAUAACAAAAAUAAAUUGGAUAGGGAGGGAAGUAUGUGAUUAAGGUUGUAAGGAAAGGGCCCCCUAGGGAAAAAAAAUUAAUUUGAUGUUAGAAAGAUGAACAAAGCAACGACUUGUUCUGCUUUGUCUGGCGAUGGAAAUGCUAGUUCUCGUGCG